AUGGAUCAAGCCUUUCAAGCGGCAUUAGCUAGUGGUGGGGCCUCCACUGAGAUGCGGGUGCUGUCUCAGCCCAACCGCUGUGCACUCCUUGAGUCAGCACGGGUUCCCGGCCAUUUGGUUAUUUUUGAUCGCCAUGGCAAAAUAAAUAAUGAAUCAUCAGCAGGCUACGCACACCUUUCAAAAGAGUUUGUGGUUUUUGUCAAGAGAAACGAUGCAGACUUAAUAUUCACUGAGGGAAGAGAUGCAGAGGGAAGAGACCUCUUGGGAGCAAGACACAGGCGUGUCACUUACUGCCUCUCUGUGCUAUUGGUUCCUCUGCAGGGUGUGUUGCUCAACAGUGCAGUGGUUCUGCUUGCCACCAGCCUGUGCCAGGCCCUCUGCCUCCAGCCGGAUGGGAGCUGCACGGGCGUAGGAAAGCUGUCUGAAAAGUCCUACUGGAGAGUGCAUAAAAUCAGCUCUGGGAUAUGCAUGUUUGAAAGUGUGAAGAAUGCACGGAUGUUUCUGAGGAUUAAGGACGGACGGUGUGACGGAGCUGGUAUAGGAGACAGUGACUGUCAUUUUAAAAUUAAGAAGAACUUGGAAAAUGCAUGUAUAAGCCUGGAAUCGGUGAAGAGCCCAGGAUUGUUUGUUGGACUUCAGUCAGAUGGACAGGCAAAACCAGUUGUUUAUACUGAGAACGGGAGUGUUUUCUUCUAUCCACAAGUCAUCAAAUUUGGCAGAGAAAACCCAAGUGGUAUGUCUGUAACACCCAGCCAAGAAGAGGAGAAGAUCCUGGAGUCAAGAAACCAGCAAGAAAUGCCAUCAGAACCAGAGGCCAGAGGAGCCUCUUCUUCAACUGCACCGGCCUUAGCUCUGAGGCAGUGCCCAGCUGCUGGGCCACCCUCGGACUAUUGUCAUUGCCCGCACGGUCUCGUGCUGGACUCAGGAGCUCCCUGUGGGGUCUUCUCUGUCUUCACCCCAGAUCCAUACAUUUCUCAUGGAAGCAGUGUCACUGGGGAAACUGUAGAAGAUGCUAUUACUCUGUGA